CUCUUCAUUCUCUCUCUGGUCAGACACUCCAAGAGCUAAAGAGUAAAAAUGGAGGCGAUUAAGAAGAAGAUGCAGAUGCUGAAGCUGGAUAAGGAGAACGCCAUCGACCGGGCAGAACAGGCCGAGUCUGAUAAGAAAUCAGCGGAAGACAAAUGCAAACAGCUCGAGGAUGAGUUGCUUGGUCUAGAGAAGAAACUGAAAGGAACUGAAGAUGAACUGGAUAAAUAUUCAGAAGCUCUCAAAGAGGCUCAGGAGAAGCUGGAGCUGUCUGAGAAAAAGGCGUCAGACGCGGAGGGUGACGUAGCCGCUCUGAACCGCAGGAUCCAGCUGGUGGAAGAGGAACUGGACCGAGCUCAGGAGAGACUGGCCACUGCGCUUCAGAAACUGGAGGAGGCAGAGAAGGCGGCGGAUGAGAGCGAGAGAGGCAUAAAGGUGAUUGAAAACCGUGCGAUGAAAGAUGAGGAGAAAAUGGAAAUUCAGGAAAUACAGCUCAAAGAAGCCAAAAACAUCGCAGAGGAUGCCGACCGCAAAUACGAGGAGGUUGCUCGUAAGCUGGUGAUUUUGGAGGGUGAAUUGGAAAGGGCAGAAGAGAGAGCAGAGAUUGCAGAACUUAAAGGUGGAGAUCUGGAGGAAGAACUGAAAAAUGUAACCAAUAAUCUCAAGUCCUUAGAAGCUCAAUCAGAUAAGUAUUCGGAGAAAGAGGACAAGUAUGAAGACGAGGUCAAAGUUCUCACUGAUAAACUGAAAGAGGUCGAGACUCGUGCAGAGUUUGCUGAAAGGUCAGUGGCUAAACUGGAAAAGGCCAUCGAUGACCUUGAGGAGAGUCUGGCUGAGGCAAAACAGCAGAACCUGGAGAUGCAUCAAGUCCUGGAUCAAACGCUCCAAGAGCUCAACAGCUUGUGAGCAAACCAUUGAAGGAAUCCAUGAAGAAUCCACAUUUUUCAGUUGUCAACCAUUCCAGCAAUGUUUUAUGUGUUUCUGGUUUUAUGUUGUAAGUUAUGUUACUUCCAUCCAUUAUUUUCUAUAUUUUGCUUUGUAAUUCUCUGAUUAUUUCAUAAUGCACCUACCUUGGUCCAUUAAAAAAUAAUAAAUAAUGUCUUGUUGCUGCCA